GUCGGCGGCAGUGGUCACCGCUGGUCACCGAGACGGUCUCGAGAAUCAGCCGUGUGCGCGUUUCGCGAACAUGCGCCCCGUGUAUCCUUUAAAUCGCUCCACGGGCAAAGUGCGCGCUGUUAUGUGCCUUUUCUUCGAUCCUCGAUCGCAAUAACGAGAAGAACGAACGAUCGGAUAAGUCUGGAGGAUCGAGUUCGAUCGGCCGACUCCGCGCUCCGAUACUUCUCUGUGUGGAUAGACAGCGGGGAAGUAAAGUCGAUCGGUUGUCGGAUUGGGUGAUAUCGCAACAACAGACUGAGACGAAAUUAGAAACGAUAGAACGGGUAGAAAAGAGCGACACGGAGUUGGAGUCGAUACAUUUGAAUCGAGGAGGACAGACUCGCACAAAGGUGAUAAAGGAGAGAAAAGAAGAAAAGCCAAGUUGCGAAUAACGGUGUACAGGGAUCAAAGUAAAGGAUAACCAAAGAACUCUGACGGGAUUGAGUAAGUUGUAGCGUAUAGUUGUAUAGUUGCGCGUCGGGACGGUACGAGAGAGUGGUUGGUGUCGUCGCAUAGCGAUCAUCGGACAGACGAUCGAUCAAGAUCGAUCGGUCCUGCGGCAUCUGGAUCGCGGCUCGAUCGCCUCGGCGGCGGUCCCGCUCGGCGUCCACGUUGGUGGCUCGAUAGGAACGACGACGACGACGACGACGUCGUCGUCGUGCGAACGCCGACGUAGGAGGAGGAGGAGGCGGUGGCGUAGGGGAAGGUGGUGCUGGUGGAGGUGGUGGUGGAAGCGGCGGGAGGUAGAAUGGUGCCUUCCGGCCCGUGUCGAUCUCGAGCGGAAAGACGCGCCGAGAUGUCGCCGCGCCGUCUCGCGCCCCUGCUGAUCCUCGGGACGAUCCUCGCCGGGCUGACGAGCACCGCCGCCGCGGAGAGGAUGAGCGGCCUCUACGUCGACAACGGCUUCGACCAGACGAUCGUCCACAGGGUGGUCAGUCAGCGCGAGAAACGCGAGGUUGAGCACGAGAUAUUGAAUCUUCUUGGAUUACCGGAUCGGCCGAGAAGUACGGCCGGUAGGCCGCCACAGGUCAAGAGGUCGGCGCCCAAGUUUCUCUUGGACAUAUACAAGAACGCUCUCGGCGAGGACGAGGACGAGAAGCCGAUCGGCGAGCAACGUAGGGCCGGCGAGUUCGACCUCACCGGCCAGGAUCUCAGGGCCAUCGACCAGAGCGACGUCAUCAUGACCUUUGCCGCGCACAAUCAUCAUGUUCCCGGAGUGAGGCAUGAGCGCGGCAAAAGGCUCUGGUUUGACGUCUCCGAGGUACCACCCGGGGAACACAUAAUCGGUGCAGAGCUCAGGCUCUAUCGCAGCAUGGACGUGAAGAAUCGGAGGAAUCGUGGAUCGUACAUGAUCACGGCCUACAGGGUCUUGAGAACCGAGGACGGAACAAGGGAGUUGCAAUACGUGGACGCAGUCAACACGACGACGGGAAAAGAGGGAUGGUUGACAUUAAAUGUUAGCGAACCUCUCGACCAUUGGGUGAACAAUCCUGAUGGGAACAAGGGAUUGUAUCUGUCAGUACAUCCCGCAGAUCGCUCUGUACACGAAAUGAGACCAGAGGACAUUGGGAUCGUCGGAUUCAGAGGCGACCCAGACAAGCAACCCUUCAUGGUGGGUUACUUCAAGAGUUCUGGUAUCAGAGAGUCGAAAGUUCGGCAGAAACGUGAUGCUAGGAGAAAAAAGAAGAGCGAGUCGUCGAGUCUGGAUUAUCGGAAUAAUCCGUACACCGAUCCAGUCGUGCAGUACAACUCGAGGACCUGCAAAAUCCAAACGUUGUACGUCAGCUUCAGGGACCUGAAAUGGCAGGACUGGAUCAUAGCACCGGACGGGUACGACGCAUAUUACUGCAGCGGCGAAUGCAAUUUCCCUUUGAACGCUCAUAUGAACGCGACCAAUCACGCCAUCGUCCAAACGCUGGUGCACCUGGUCAGCCCUGGUAAGGUACCAAAGCCGUGCUGCGCGCCCACCAAGCUCUCGCCGAUCUCCGUGCUGUAUUUCCUCGACGAAAGCAACGUUAUACUGAAGAAGUACAAAAACAUGGUCGUUAAGAGCUGCGGUUGCCAUUGAUCGUCCGGGAUUAGCAACAUGUAUACGUGUGCGGACAGCGCACUCGAACCGAGUCGAACGCAAACGACACAGUGACGCUGGAUCUUGGGUCUAGGACCGACUCGGUUCGAUCCAUGGAGAGAUCGAGUCGAUUAUCGAGUGGUCGAAUGACAAAAUUAAGUCAUGGUGUGUCUUCGAGCAACCUUCGAUUUAUUGAAACGUGUUUCAAGUGAUUCAGAUUCUUAUUUUGAAGAUUCCGAUGUUUAGUUAUCGAGAUGAUCGGUAGAGGGUGUUUUAGAGUUACGGGUGAGUAGAAAAGGAGUACGAUGGAGGAAUAUCUUUUCUUGGGAUUCGUUUGUCUGCUUUUAAGGUGUGGAUUGGGUUGCGAAUAUUGCCUUUAUUAGGUAGGUGUCUGUGCAUGUCCAUGGACAGACUGGAGUUCUGCGGACGUUGAUGUAACGU